AUGUCAGACCACGAAUACAAAUUCAACGUAGCUAUGAGCUGUGGUGGAUGCUCUGGAGCUGUUGAACGAAUCCUGAAAAAAUUAGAAGGUGUCAAGUCCUUCGACGUUAGCCUCGAAUCCCAGACUGCUACUAUCGCUACCGAGCCCAGCCUAUCCUACGAUACUGUUUUGGCGGCUAUUAAGAAGACAGGGAAGGCUGUGAAGAGUGGAGAGGCAGAUGGUCAGGCUAUGAGUGUUGAAUAA